AUGGGUAAGAAAGAUGCUGCCGAGGAUGCUGCCGUGGCCAAUCACAGGUCUGGACAGUCCAACAAGCCCCUCUCGGCUCCUGCUCAUGCCUUGAAACUGGAGGAUGUUACUCGCGAACUCGGAACUGACGCUCAGAACGGUCUGGGUGACGAGGAGCAUAAGAAGCGUCUCGAGGAGUAUGGCGCGAACGAGUUUGGCGAGUCCAAGGGCGUCCAGCCUGUCCGAAUCUUUGUCGGGCAGAUUGCCAACUCGCUGACUCUGGUGCUCAUCAUGGCCAUGGCCGCUUCGUUCGGCAUCCUCUCCUACAUUGAAGGCGGUGUCUUGGUUGCCGUCAUCAUCCUCAACAUCACAGUCGGUUUCCAGCAAGAGUGGAAGGCCGCCAAGACCAUGGACUCCCUUCGAUCGCUCAGCUCCCCCACCGCCCAGGCCGUUCGCAACGGCAACCAACAGGUUGUUCCCACGAGGGAAAUUGUUCCCGGCGACCUGGUCGAGCUCAAGACCGGUGAUACUAUACCCGCCGAUGUGCGUCUGAUCGAAGCCGUCAACUUCGAGACGAACGAGGCUCUGCUCACGGGAGAAUCCCUCCCCGUCCGCAAGGAGACUACCACCACGUUCCCCGAGGAAACCGGCCCCGGUGACCGUCUCAACAUUGCCUACAGCUCGUCGACCGUAACCAAGGGCCGUGGCCGUGGAAUCGUCUUCGCUACCGGUCUAUACACUGAAAUUGGACAGAUUGCUGCAGCCCUCCGUGGCAAGAACUCGCACCGCCGCGAGCCUAAACGCCGCGAGGACGGUACCGCUAGUGCCGGCCGCUGGAUGCAGGCUUGGACCCUGACCUUUACCGAUGCCGUCGGCCGCUUCCUCGGUGUCAAUGUCGGGACCCCUCUCCAGAGGAAACUUGCUAAGCUUGCCCUCCUGCUCCUCGGUACUGCCGUCAUAUGCGCCAUCAUUGUUCUUGCUGCCAACGAUUUCAGCUCUGAGCAACAGGUCGUCAUCUAUGCCGUUGCUACCGGUGUCUCCAUGAUUCCUGCCUCUCUCAUCGUUGUGCUGACAAUCACCAUGGCUGCCGGUACCAAGCGCAUGGUUGAGCGCAACGUUAUUGUUCGUAACCUCAAGGCUCUCGAGGCUCUGGGUGGAGUUACAAACAUCUGCUCCGACAAGACUGGAACCCUGACUCAGGGUAAGAUGGUCGUCAAGAAGGCUUGGAUCCCCGGCCGUGGCACCUAUUCGGUCGGCAAUACCAACGAACCCUUCAACCCUACCGAGGGCGACCUCAGCCUGAACCCCGCCCCGCCCAAGGACAUUGACUUCACCGGAGGCGAGGCCGAGGGCGAGCGCAUCAAUGGUGCUGAGCUUGUCAAGUCCGAUGAAUCCCUGCGUGACUACCUCAAUGUUGCUUCCCUGGCCAACCUUGCCUCUGUCACCCACGUCGACAAUGAGUGGCACGCUCGCGGAGACCCUACCGAAAUUGCAAUCCAGGUUUACGCUUCCCGUUAUGGCUGGAACCGCCUCGAUCUGUCAACUGGCGACAAGGCUCAGUGGCGCCAGGUUGCCGAGUUCCCCUUUGACUCGGAUGUCAAGAAGAUGUCGGUCAUCUUCCACGACAGAGAGACAGACAAGCAGUGGGUCUUCACCAAGGGCGCCGUCGAGCGCAUUCUCGGAUCGUGCCCGUACGUUGCCGACGGAGGCGAGAUCAAGGAUUUUCCCGAGGAGGCCAAGCAAGACGUCCUCAAGAGCAUGGUCUCCAUGGCCAGCCUCGGUCUCCGUGUUCUUGCCCUCGCUUCCCGCACUGAUUUCCGCCCGGUCAAGGAUAACGAGGCCGAGCUCGUCCGCUCAGAGUUCGAAGAGGACCUCGUCUUCCGCGGUCUCGUCGGUCUCUACGAUCCCCCUCGCCCCGAGUCUGCCCCCUCUGUGCGCCGCUGCCACGAGGCCGGCAUCGGCGUCCACAUGCUUACCGGCGACCACCCAGAGACUGCCCGCGCCAUUGCCCUCGAGGUCGGCAUCCUUCCCAGCCGUAUCUCCGAGGUGGCUGCGGACGUUGCUAGUACCAUGGUCAUGGCCGCCCAUGACUUUGACAAGCUCACUGACGAUGAUAUCGAUAAGCUUCCCCUGCUCCCGCUCGUGAUUGCGCGCUGCGCUCCUCAGACCAAGGUGCGGAUGAUUGAGGCUCUCCACCGCCGCAAGGCCUUUGUGGCCAUGACUGGUGACGGUGUCAAUGACUCGCCCUCACUCAAGCGAGCCGACGUUGGUAUCGCCAUGGGUCAAGCUGGUUCCGAUGUCGCCAAGGAGGCGUCGGACAUUGUGCUUACCGAUGACAACUUUGCUUCGAUCCUUAACGCCGUCGAGGAGGGACGCCGCAUGUUUGAUAAUAUUCAGAAGUUCGUCCUCCACGUGCUGGCUGAGAAUAUCGGUCAGGCCCUGACGCUACUUAUUGCCCUCUGCUUCAAGGACGAGGAUGACAUCUCGGUCUUCCCGCUGUCUCCUGUCGAAAUCAUGUGGAUUAUCAUGAUCACCUCUGGUUUCCCUGACAUGGGUCUCGGUUUUGAGCAGGCUGUUCCCGAAAUCAUGCAGCGACCUCCCCAAAAGUUGGCGCAAGGUGUCUUCACGCCCGAACUUCUCCUUGACAUGCUGGUUUAUGGCUUCUGGAUGGCUGCUCUGUGCCUUGCGUCCUUCUCCAUGGUUGCUUUUGGCUUUGGAAACGGUGACCUAGGUCGGAACUGCAACGAGUCCAUGGACGAGCCGGGCUGCGAGCAGGUAUUCCGCGCCCGCGCCACGACGUUUGCCUCGCUGACGUGGUUCGCCCUCUUUCUGGCCUGGGAGAUGGUGCACAUGCGCCGGUCAUUCUUCCGCAUGAAGCCCAAGAGCAAGCUGUACUUUACCCAGUGGGCUCACGACGUGUGGCGCAACCAGUUCCUCUUCUGGGCCAUCUUUGGCGGUAUCAUCACCAUGUUCCCUCUCCUGUACAUCCCCGAGCUCAACACGUAUGCCUUCAAGCACACCGGAAUCAGCUGGGAGUGGGGCAUCGUCUUCAUCGAGUCGGUCCUGUUCGUAGGCGGCAUCGAGACGUGGAAGUUUGCCAAGCGUGUCUACUUCCGUCGCAAGGCCUACAACGAGACCCGCGAGGGCCUUCGUGGCAAGGACGUCGACCUGGAGACGCGCACCUUUGGCCACUACUUCAAGGUCGGAGGUGUGCUCUCGGACGCUGAGAGCGACGCCGAGAAGGCUGGGUACAAGCCUUCUCCGCAGUCGUGGGCCGAGAAUGGCGGCUUUGGUGAGAAGAAUCAAGUCUGA